AACAGCUGAUGUUAGAGCAUAAAUAGAGAAGCUCGCUGCAGAGCAACAUUCACGAAUCAAACACAAUUUGUUUCACGUCGACGUUUCAUUUCAUCGGGCAGAUUUAUACCACGACUGAGCAACAUGGGCAGAUCCACAGAAUGGACUCCUUCCUUAUGGUUGGACACCUUUGAUGAACUACUGUAUCAUGAUAAUGAGCUGGACUAUGAGGACCAAUGGACUCUCAACUUUAACUACAACCAGACAGACACAGUCACCAAGGAGGAGAGGAAAAGAGGCUGGAGGGUUUAUAGCCAUUGUGCCCGUGGAAGAUUUCAGUGUCCAUCCUGCAGAAAGACCUGGCCUUCAGCACGGGUGGUAGUGUUGUUCCGUUACCGGCUUCAGAGGGGCCGAGGGACCGUGAUCAUGCGGCCCUUUGGUCAGGCCUGUCGUCGGUGCCAAGAUGAUGAAUUUGAGCUGGGUGGAUUUUCCACGAAGGAGGUGGAACAUGCUCUGCUGAGGCUGUUUGCCAAAAUCCGGAAGAACUGCUACGGAGAGGAGGAUGAUGAUGACGGUGUCUCAUCAACAGAGUCCAGCAGAGUGCGGACCAAACCCCAUGAGAAGAGCCUUUGUGAGGCCUGCUGCAUGGGCAUUUGCUGUCAGGAUGACGAGUAGAAGUGUGUGUGUGUGUGUGUGUGUGUGUGUGUGUGUGUGUGUGUGUGUGUGUGUGUGUGUGUGUGUGUGCCAUGACAUUCUCCUUUUCCAGUUUGCACAUUAACUUUUCCUCAAUAAUUUUUAUUAUUAUUAAGAAGAAACUUGGGAUAAAAACCAACAGGACUAAUAAUCCGAUUUGAUAAAUGUUCUAUCUUUUUUAUUGUAAUCUAUUGAUAUAAAUAAAAUCAUUGCAAAAAAGUA